UACUAAGGAAUUUACAAAUGAGGGUCUUUUCUUUCUAUCAUUCUCUUGCUGUCGAAAAAGACCAUUUCAUGUCAGACUCAUUGUUUGUUGGAUCUGAAUCUCUCUCUCUCUCUCUCUAAACAAACACAUACAAAUACCCAAAAAUCAUAGUCUUUCAACAACUUACCUACUCAUUACAACUUAGUACUUACAAAGAAGAUCAAGAGUUUUGUAAUUCCUACAACACAACAAAUUGUUAAUCAAAGCAAAGAACGAAGACCCAUUCUCCUCCACCCAGGAUUGUAGAAAAUGUGUGUUGCAAUCACAAAUACAAACCAUAGGCCAAGAAGUUAAAGAUAGAAACCUCAAAAAACAAUCUAAGAUGUUGGGUAGAAUUGCUGAUGUUGUAACAAGUCAUUUGUCGGGGCAACAGUCAUCAUCAUCAUCGAUGGCAGCCACGUCUUCUUCUUCUUCUUCAUCGUCGAGUAGUGUUGCCUAUAUGUAUGCUCAGAUGCCUUUUAGUCAUAACAAGAACAACCUCAGAUUAUCUUCGUCUCUCCAGGAUUUAACAGCUUAUCGUCCGCUUGAUAAUAAUGAUGUUGCCACUGCGAAUGGUGAUAAUAGGGCUGCUGCCCAUAUAAAGUAUCCCCAUUUGUUGCAUAGAGACAAUGCUGCUGUCGCGAGUUUUUCAAAGGAGAAGGGAGUGGGAGGAGGAACCCCGUCCAAGCGUAGCAAGUUUUUGCGGCUUUUCAUGCUCAUUUUGUGCUUAGUCUUGUUGGGUGUUUUAAUUUAUAUGAUUUCUGUUUAUGUUUAUUCGUAUUGGUCUCGAGGGGAAUCGAAGUUUUAUGUUGUGCUCGAUUGUGGAAGUACUGGAACUAGAGUUUAUGUGUAUCAGGCAUCUUUUGAUCACAACAAUGCAGGCACGCUUCCUAUUGCAUUGAAAUCGUUUACGGAAGGUAUUCGUAAGAAGCCUAGCUCGCAGAUUGGACGGGCUUACGAUAGAAUGGAGACUGAGCCUGGGUUUCAUAAGUUAGUGCACAAUGUGACUGGCUUGAACGGUGCAAUUAAACCGCUUAUUCGGUGGGCAGAGAAGCAAAUCCCCAGGAAUGCACAUAAGUCCACCUCUCUCUUCCUUUAUGCUACAGCAGGGGUUCGCAGGCUGCCCAAAGCUGAUUCAGAAUGGCUUCUAGACAAGGCACGGUCCAUACUGAAAACUUCACCCUUCCAGUGUGAGAAAAACUGUGUUAAAAUUAUCAGUGGGGCAGAGGAGGCUUAUUUUGGAUGGAUAGCACUUAAUCAUCGCACGGGUACAUUAGGGGUCACGCCAAAAAAACCAACAUUUGGUGCACUUGACUUGGGCGGCUCAUCAUUGCAGGUUACAUAUGAGAGCAAGGGACCUGUACAUAACGAGAAUAGCUUAAAACUUAGAAUAGGAGCUGUUAAUCAUCAUCUCACUGCCUAUUCUCUUGCGGGUUAUGGUUUGAAUGAUGCAUUUGACAAGUCUGUGGUUCAACUUUUUAAGAGGCUUCCGGAAGUCACUAAGGGAGAUCUAGUUAACAAGAAAAUAGAAAUAAAGCAUCCUUGCUUGCAUUCUGGGUACAGGGAGCAAUACAUCUGCUCUCAGUGUGCUUCGCAUUACAAGGAAACUGGGAGCCCUGUGAUUGCAGGGAAAAAUUUGGGUAAAGGAGGAAAGUCAGGCAUUGCCGUGCAACUUGUUGGUGCUCCAAACUGGGAUGAAUGUAGUGCGCUGGCAAAAGUUGCUGUUAAUUUGUCUGAAUGGUCAAAUAAAAAUCCAGGCAUUGACUGUAAUUUGCAGCCUUGUGCUCUUCCUGAUAGUUUUCCUCGCCCUUAUGGCGAGUUCUAUGGGAUGUCUGGCUUUUUUGUGGUGUAUCGAUUUUUUAAUUUGACCUCAAAAGCCGCUCUUGAUGAUGUUUUGGAAAAGGGUCAGGAGUUCUGUGAAAAGACCUGGGAAGUCGCAAGAAAAAGUGUUGCACCUCAGCCCUUCAUUGAACAGUACUGCUUUAGGGCUCCGUAUAUUGUGUCACUGUUAAGAGAGGGCUUGCACAUUACAGAUAAAAAAAUCAUUAUUGGUUCUGGAAGUAUUACUUGGACUCUUGGAGUUGCCCUGUUGGAAGCUGGCAAGGCAUUUUCAUCAAGAAUGCGGCUACGUAGUUAUGAGAUAUUUCAAGUGAAGAUAAACCCGAUAAUUCUUAUUACCAUUUUGUUUAUUUCAUUGGUUCUCCUAGUUUGUGCGUUAUCAUGUGUUGGCAAUUGGAUGCCAAGAUUUUCCCGGAGGUCAUAUCUCCCACUUUUCAGGCAUAAUAGUGCAUCGAAUAUUUCAUCUCCUUUCGGAUUCCAGCGUUGGAGUCCCAUCAGUUCUGAUGGAAGAAAGAUGCCGCUGAGUCCAACAGCCCAAGAAAGACCAUUUGGCUUUGGACAUGGUCUCAGUGGCAGCGGUGGUGGCAGCAGCAGCAGCAUCCAGCUCAUAGAGUCCUCCUUGUACCCAUCAAGUAGCAGUGUUUUACAUAGUUACUCCUCAAGUAAUUUGGGCCAGAUUGAUGGUAGUAUCAUGGCUUCCUUCCGGCCCCCUCACAGAAGUCAGAUGCAUCUUCAAAGUCGGAGAUCACAAUCUCGAGAAGACCUUAAUUCUUCUCUAGCCGAAGCACACAUGGUGAAGGUCUAGGGCAUGCUUAUCCAGAAAUUCUGAUUCUGCUCAGCAGAGAUUUUGGCACUCGUUAAUCAGAUAUUCUUUCACAAAUUACCCAGUUUAAACAAGCUAGCUCUUUGGGAUUCUGGGUCAUGGUUUUCACUCACUCCAUGUUGUGCCACUCCUGUCAGUUAAGUUUAUGAAGCCCCUCCAAAUCCAAUUGUAUUCACCUUCGAUCAGGGAAAGCCAUUGACAAUUAUUGGGUGAAACAUUUGUUUGAUGGGACCAAAGAUGAAUGGUUUUAUUCCUCAUAUCAUGGUAGACUAGACUCGAGUUAGCUGUCACUUGCUAGUACUUCUCCCCUUCUUUGAUUGAAGAGAUGAAUCCUGGGGAGUAAUCAUAAAAUGAUAUACACAAAUCACCUCUUAUACAUGAAAUAUAUGUACAUUGUUCAAUUUCA